AUGCAGCCACCCUUCACACCAUCCAUCACUUCUCCCCCAUACAUUUCAGCAACAAUUCUCAUCUCCAACCAUCCCACGUGCUACAAUGAGCUCGUUGACUGGAUCGAAUGCUUCGGAAAGGACGUCCCAGUCCUUAGCCCCUCGCCGAACGCCCGUUACCGAACAGUCGAGGCAUCUGGAAAAACGACCAAAGAUGCCAAAGCACCAGGCACCCUAGAAGUCACCCCAGUCGAUCCUCUAAUAGCGCAAGCCGAUGCCAUCCUCAACGAACUCCAGCGGACGGAACUUGGAACCAGGUCGAUGAUCUCAACCUUACCUCAGCUCGGUCAGAACUCUGAAGGCGAUAUCAGCAACACCAUCUUCCUGUAUGUCAUCGCGCCGAUCAUCGAGGUCUUGAAUCAAAAGUACGGAGACACCUUCGAUUACACGACCGAGCUGAGCCCUAGCAUCGAAAAGGAGGAUCAGGUGAACGACAAGGCGCAAAAGGGUGUGCGUUUUGACGCCGUCUUCUUCAAGCGCCAAGGCGGGGGGGUGAUCGCACUACUCGAGUUCAAGAGAAAGGAGUACCUAGUGUACAGGAAUUUUGAGGGGGCGCUGGUUGAAGAGAAAGGCUCGAGCCCAGAUGGACUUCUCAGACGCAACGGCGACGUAUUCACCAAACAAAUCUCAGCCUACGCAGUCAAAAGCGGGUGCAAAUACGUCGCCCUCUUUAACUGGGACGAUUUGCUGCUGUUUGACUUCUUCCAGCUCGAGAAAAAGAGUAACAUUGAGAGGUUUAUUGGGAAGAAGGCGAGGCUUACCUGUGUGGUAGAGAGGGAGGAAUUGCGAGGGAAGCACAUAAAACGGCACUUGAUCAGGAAAGCCCUGUUGGGUUGA